AGAGUGUGGUGGGUGUGGACAGCUACCCGAGCGCACUCGCCGGGUCAGUAGUAUGGUGGCAGCGGCGGUGGGCGAGCCGCCGCCAGCCCCCUCCGCUCCCUUGUCAGUGGGCUGCUAAGGGAGGACGCGAAGGCGGAGGGAAGCCCCCAGUGCCGCUGCCGGGCAUGCGCGGCGCCCCAGGAACAUGGCGGAGGCGGCGGCGUGAAUCCAGGCGACCGGAGCAGCGCGCAGCUGACAGACACGCGAGCCGCGCCGCCGGCGCUUGGAGGGGGGACCGGCGGCUGCCUUCGCUUCCCUCCUUCCCCUUCCCCUUCGGCACUCCAGUGGCAAAGGGAUGAUUAUCACUGCAGGGUUGGAAUCUUUAUUACAGGAGCAAGUGCAAUCUGGUGGUUAGAACGGCAACAAAAAGGAAACUUGUACUAAACAGAAGAGCAAAGUGUUCAUACAGCAUUUAUGUUUUUGUUGUGAAAGGAAGAUCAAACAUUGUACCAUGGGGAAAACAGCAGCUAAAGAUUCCAAGACUAUUAAAAAAGAAAAAAAUGGGAAGAAUAAUCAGUCAAGCAAUCAGUUGGUAAAUAAUGACUAUUUUAGCUGGGAUGACUACUUGAAAGAGACUGGAUCCAUAGCUGCACCCUCAUGUUGCUUCAGACAGUCUAGGAUUCCACCUACUAAUGAUUUCAAAGUGGGCAUGAAACUGGAAGCUCAUGAUCCUCGCAACAUUACCUCAGUAUGUAUAGCUACAGUCAUUGGAAUUACGGGUGCCAGAUUAAGGUUACGACUGGAUGGAAGUGACAACAAAAAUGACUUUUGGAGGCUUGUUGAUUCAUCUGACAUACAGCCUGUUGGAACCUGUGAGAAGAAUGGAGGGAUGCUUCAGCCUCCACUAGGAUUCCAGAUGAAUGCAUCUUCUUGGCCAAUGUUUCUCUUAAGAACAUUAAAUGGCGCUGACAUGGCACCUGCAACAUUCUUUAAGAAGGAGCCACCAAAGCCUUCUCUAAAUUGUUUUAAAGUUGGAAUGAAACUAGAAGCAAUAGACAGAAAAAAUCCUUUUUUAAUAUGCCCUGCAACAAUUGGUGAUGUUAAAGGAGAUGAAAUUUUUAUUACCUUUGAUGGCUGGCGAGGGGCAUUUGACUAUUGGUGUAAAUAUGAUUCCCGGGAUAUCUUUCCGGUUGGGUGGUGUGAUUUAACAAGAGAUGCUCUACAGCCACCGGGAAAUAAUGUUUCUAGUACAAAGGGUAAUGCAAAAAACCAAACAUCGCCUUCCAAAGUGACCCGACGUUCAAUGCAGUCUCCACAGAAAUCAGUUUCGGUCCCAGCUCCUGCUCCUACACCUAAAGGAAAGAAACCUGGGCGGGGAAAACCACCAGCUUCCUCUGCAGUUCUUAGGAAAGGCAGGUCUCUCAAAAACAUUCAUGUGACAAAAAAUACGUCUCAUAAGGAAAACCUCAAAACAAAACAAAAGAGCUUGAAACCAGGCAGGAAGAAAAAAAUCUUACCAGUGCAGUCUGCAGUAUUUUCUCCUUCCCUUACUUCUGCAAAAGUGGAAAAUAGCACUACACAGAUUCACAAAGAAGUGUCUGCUAUUACCGGUGCAACAACAGCGGUCAUUUCUACUGUUUGUGUCUAUGUUAACAAACAUGGAAACUCUGGGCCUCAUCUGGAUAAAAAGAAGGUACAGCAGCUUCCUGAUCACUUUGGACCAGGUCCUGUGAACGUGGUGCUUCAGCAGGCUGUGCAAGCUUGUGUAGACUGUGCUUAUCAAUCCAAAACUGUCUUUGGAUUCCUGAAGUCAGGGCAUCAUGCAGGAGAACUGAUUACCGCCUCUUUUGAUGGGGAAAAGCACGCCAUCAGUCUUCCUUCAGUAAACAGUGCAUCGUUUGUCCUGCGUUUCUUGGAGAAGCUCUGCCACAGCCUUCAAUGUGAUAAUCUUUUUAGCAGCCAGCCUUUCAGUCCUUAUAUGGGGAGUGCUCAUAGUCCUACAGAUUAUGAUAGAAACAAGCCAGCAAAAGAAGAAAUAUCAGACAACAGAAGUACUAUUAAGCGGUAUUCUCAGGAUUCACCACCCUACACUGCUCCCCUGUCUCCUAAACUACCAAGAACUGAAGUUCAUCCCUCAGAAGCAGAAAUUCUGCCGAGUGAAGAAAACAGCACACCUAAAGAACACAGGUUUUCUGAAGACUCAAUGGAUUCUGCACUAAAUUCAAUCAAUCCUUCAAGCCCUAGUUGUCAGAGUUCCACUGAAUAUCGUACCUCAGGGAGUGCAGCCUAUUACAGGAAUUCUCUUCCACCAGUGACUGCUACCUCAAAUACAGCCCCAGUCCUACGCAGGCUAUCAACAAGUUCUGCUGGAAACAACAGCUAUUAUGAAGUCAACAGGAAUCGACUGCAGAGGAGGAUUGAAGCUGCAAGCUCCACAACAGGACCGGACCUCAGUGCACUAAAACGAGAACCUUCCAGAAUACCCAAUAAAGAUCCUUCUACGUGGUCAAUAGAUGAAGUAAUGCGAUUUGUGAAAGAAGCUGAUCCUCAAGCAUUAGCACCCCAUGCAGAGCUCUUCAGAAGACAUGAAAUAGAUGGAAAAGCUCUUCUCUUGCUGAGGAGUGAUAUGAUAAUGAAAUAUAUGGGGCUAAAAUUAGGCCCAGCAUUAAAGCUGUGCUACCACAUUGAAAGACUUAAACAAGGAAAGUACUAGGCAAUGGCUGCACGACGACAAUAUUAUGUGUUUCAGACAAUUUCUCAGGUUCACAAAAGUCAUUGGACACAAUGCAGCAAAAUUUUUGCUGAAUCAAGCUGGUCUCAUUCACAUUGCAAAACAAAGAGUCCAGGAGACUGUGUCCAAUGUUUAUUUGAAAAGCAUUGCACACCUAGCAAUUGUCACUGGUCUGCGGAAGUUUCCUCUCAAAGGAUAGAAUAAAUUGAUCACACUGUAGUAUUUAAUAACUUUUGUGAAGACAUACUGGGAAAAGAGAAGUCGCAAAGUAUAUUCUCAACUAUUCAGCUUCAGCUGGUGCAUUUUCAUUUAGAACCAAAACAGCUGAAUUCCAAAGGAGUAAUCAU